CACCCUGUCUGUGAUUGGUGGAUCCUCCCACUUCUGCCUUGAUUUCUGUCUCUUUCCUUGCUCAGCUUCUUGCACUUCACAGCUGCAGCUGUUCUACACUGACCACAGAGGGACCAGGGGUUGCUCACUGAUCAGGACUCAACCAAUAAGAUGGACAGAUAUCCUUUCUUCGUGUUUGUGUUGUGUGGGGUAUUUUUGCCAAGAAUCCUUUGUUUUCCACAUGAAAACUCUACAAUAGAUUGUGAUACUAUGCUACCGCACCAUGGAGGUGAACCACAAAAAUCCACUCCACCAUAUGUUAUUGCUGUAUCUUUUGAUAAAUAUGAUCCAGGAAACGAAAUCCAAGUGACUCUAGAGGGAACUGCAGAGCGUGGUUUUCAAGGAUUUCAUCUACAGGCUCGAGAACUUGAAGGAGAUACUCCUGUUGGUUCCUUUAAAAUUACAGAUCCAAGCACGCAAGCCCUUGCAUGUCAUAAUGUUUCGAAUUCAGCAGUAAGCCACACAAAUUCAGAGGUGAAGCACAAAGUUACAACAACUUGGAUUGCACCUUCGGACACCAAGAGUAUUCAAUUUAGAGCAACAUUUGUUCAAGAUUCAAAGAACUUCUGGGUUGGAGUUCUCAGCAAAACUGUCACUCCUAGACCUUCUCAGUCAGCCAAUGUCACAGAAAGAAGGAAUAAGAAGAAGGCUUCACGGAUUGUGAUUGAGAUGGAAUGUACCAAGAAAGGAGGAACUUACUCAAGUAGUGGUGGAUGUAUUCAGGGUGGAUCCUCUGGUUCCUCUCAGACCAGCUAUUCUAUUGGUCAGGUUGGAGUCAUUCCUCCAGGAAGCAGCCAGCGUGGAUGUGUCUCAGGCACUGGUGGCAUAUACAGCAAAUAUGGUUGUAAAGAUACUGCUGUCUCAAUUAACACCGGCAUGUCCUAUGGCCAGUCUGUCUCCACAGGCAGUGGUGUUAAAAAGCCAGUGUCCUAUCCCGACAGCAACCCCUACCCACCUGUGCGUGAAACUUUCCCAUCGAUCUUGGCCAAUUCUGGACAUGGCGUCAGCAGCAUUAUCUAUUCACAAGGUGGACAGAGAGUCAAUCCUUGUGAUAAAAGUUCAUCCUCCUACAACAUCAUUAUCUGUAAACUGAAACAAUCUUCUACCUCACAGAACAGCAAUACCCAAGUCCACGGUCAGUCCACUUUCUCACCAGGCAGCCAAGAUGGAUCGGCUUCCUCCGGUGUCAGUACGGGUUGUGGAGAGGGUACUUCAUACGACAGCAAUCCCUGCCACCAGGGUUCACAAAGUAAUUCAGGCAGCAGUAACCGUGAUUGUGAUCAGAGUUCAUCCAAUUGUGCAGGCAACAAGGUUAUCGUUGCCCGGGAUACAUCUCGUGCUCUAAGCAGAAGCAGUUACAAUGGACAGAAUGAAUCCUCUAGCACAAACAGCAGUAGUGCCAAUGUCCAGGGUGGAGCAUUUAUCUCAUUGAACAACACUUCCAGUGGCCAGGGAUUACCUUCAGGAGGAAAGCAGUCUGGUGGAGACGGCUCACAUUCCUCAGAUGGUGGCCAAAUAAGCUCUGCUGGGAAACAGUCCAGCCCUAGCCUUUUGCUGCUAUUCAGUGUUUUGAGUGCCUUUGCCACCUCUUCAGUUGUGCCCAAGUGGUUUAUAUGAACAUCUGAAUACGUGACUGGAGACCACGAAGUGUAUUCUGUAAUAACAGAUUAAUUUUUUGUACAAAAUUCUAAUCAAAGUUGAAUAUAUAAUUUGUCGGUUUGUUGUAAUGUCAUUAUGUAUGGCUAAUAUGCCACGCUUUUGAUUAGUUCUACCUUUUUUAGUUUACAGUAUAUGCUGGUUUAUUUUUCAGUAUUUUAGGCAUCAUUUGAAAAGGAGAUAUUGUGCCCUAACUAUAUGAAUUUUUAUUUCUAACUGACAUGAUGAAUACCUGAUUUGAAUCUGAUCUAGUUGUGAAUCCAACCACUCAGAAGAUAUCUGGAACCACAUGACUAUUAACCCAGGGAAAAAUUAACAGCAGAUUGUCAUGUGUGCAAGCUGAAGGCUCUCACUUGUCAUUACGUAAAAUAAAGCCAAUCCUGUAAUUUUUUUAUAAAAAAGCCUCAAUGGAACAGAAAAGCAGUGUUGGAAUAUUACUCUUAAUCUAUUAUAGUAAUUAAAUUAGAGUGAAGUGUAAAUCUUGCAAUGCAGAAAUUUCUUAUUGCAGUGAAACUUUUGGAUAUUCCACCUCUUCCAUAAAACGCCACUGAAGGCAGACAUUCUGAUACUUAGAAUAGAUCACCAUGUGUCUCGACCAGCGGUUUUCAACCUUUUUUCACCUUUGGAAAUCUUAGACAUAGUCUGUGGACCACAGGUUGAAAACCACAGAUCUAGGUACACUCCACCUAGAGCUUUAGUAGGGAGUGUAGCCCAGAAGAGGCUCUGGAGGGCUAAUAACCUUGGAACUGAUGAAAACCACCCACUCUGGGAAUGUUUGAGAAUUACUCCGGCUACUGAAACUGCUAGUAUCUCUGUAUCAGCUCUCUUUCAGCAAGUAUUUUGCCUAAACUACAAGACCUGAUUUAUUGUCAAAUUUAAUUUCAAGAAUGAUAUUGAGAUCCAUAAAAUAGUAUCGCUGUGCAGCAGACAUAGUCCCACAGAAACAUCAUCUUUGACUGGCAAGGAUUUCAAGGAAACAAAGUUUCACAUAUAGCAUCUUUUAGCAGUGUUUUCCCUUGGAGAUCUAUUCAGAAGUGUUGCCUUUGAAAUGCUGGAUAUGUAAUCUGGGAAGAUGCAGAUUACCCCCAGAAAAUGCAAAUGCUAGUAGUUUUAAAAUUUAACCUGUUCAUACUCCCUUUCAAGCAAUAAAUUCCUAGCAGCAGGUAAAUGGUGUUUAAUAAAUUACAUCUUUAUCGUAUAGUAUUGUCUCUAACAGAUGUGUACAACUGUCAUUGUUCUACUAGCAUGGUAUGUUUUAAGAUAGGUCAAAUGUUAACCAAGUGCACCUAAAACACUUUAAAAAAAAAUCACACAACUUCUAUAGGUAUUGGAUUGUAGUCCUAAAGCACUUAAAACUACAUUCACACUGUAAACCUCCUGGGGUAGGUACAUGGAUGAAAUCCUGUCCCCAUUGAAAUUGAUGGGAAUUUUGACAUUGACUUCAAUAGGGCCAGGAUUUCACUCAUUGCUGUUUUUUUCCCUAUGUUCUAUACAGAGCACACUGCCAGCACUCCAUAAAUUCUUAAUAUUCUCAAACCAAAUCCUGAGGUCAUUACUUAUUCAAAAUGAGUUUUGCUUGAAUAAGAACUCCCAGAUUUGACCCAUCAUGCGUAUCUUUAAAACAGAUUAAUAUAAAGAAUAAAAUAGCGAUCUAAAAUACAAUAUGCUGUGUAGUGUUCAUUUGCAUAACUUUAUUGAAGCAGGGCAAUAUCUAUCAUUGGGUCCAUACAAUGUCUUGCCAUUCAUCACUUUUCUGAGGUAUAAAAAAAUUAGUUUUUAAACUGUUUUUGGUAUAAUACUGGUGUGCAGUUUUAUGUGAGUUUCAUAACACACCAUAACUAAGUGUGGGGGAGUGAAAAUGCAAGGAUUAUAGGUGUAAAUAAUGUGGACCUGAGAAUUAUGAGUUUGGGUGAAGUGAUGUUUGAGAGAAAAAUACCACCAUUUUCCCUUAUUACAAGUUGUUUUUUUGUUUUUGUUUUUUUUAAAGUAUUCACUGUAUGUCUUUGUCUCUAAAUCAAUAGGAGGAACAAAGGUAACAUGGGAUAGUUGGAAUGAAUCUUUUCAGUGAAUUAAUAAGAGAAAAAGAGGCUUUAUAUGUAAUAUUGUUUUUUUCCUUAUUCUAAUAAAACUUGUUCAACUAUUAGAAA